UGUUCUUUGUUUAGCUAACAUGCUGCCUAGAGAUAACCUAACCCUAAAUAUAACACUACGGGGUCAAUGUGUUUCUUUCUUGAAAUGAAAGACAACUCACUAACGUCCACAGGUUGGAUAGCAUUCCUGGUUUCCACGUGUUUCCAUUCCCAACCAACGUCAAAAAUAUCAAAAUCUACAAAAGUGCGUGACGGUAUGCCUUCAAAUGCGCGUGCAUAUAUGAGGGACAAGGGGCGAUGGUUGCGUUGAGAAGGAGAAUCAGUAUCAGUCGUGUCUUUGGAACUAACUUAUAAAGGAAAUGAUGUGCAUUUGGAAGUUACGUAUCAGCUACGUUACUGAUUGUUCAUAGCAACGUUACCUAUACUUCAAAUAGCAACGCAAGUUGGUGCUGUCCUAGUUGAAACUGAAACUUAACACCGCUUGGAGCCGAAGGAAUAGAACCGGCGAAAGGAUCAGCUUGACUGGGCAGUCAUGCCUCAUAAGCGGCGUUCACAGGCAUGGUCUGAGCUGAAGCAGACGGGCAACGAAUAUUUUAAAAACGGCCAGUAUGGAGAUGCUGCAUCAUUUUACAGCCAGGCUAUUCAGCUAUUGGAGAAAGCAGGUCCGACUAAACACCUGGAUCUUAGCAUCCUGUAUUCAAACCGAGCAGCCAGUUAUUUGAAGGACGGUAACUGUGGAGAGUGUGUGAAGGAUUGCACUGUAUCUCUUGACUUGGUUCCCUUUGGUAUGAAGUCUCUCAUGCGUCGUGCUGCAGCUUAUGAAGCUCUGGAAAGAUACAGACUGGCUUAUGUGGACUACAAAACAGUCUUACAGAUAGACUGUAAUGUUCCAUCAGCACAUGAUGGAACAAACAGAAUGACAAAGGUUCUGACUGAAAUGGAUGGUCUAUCUUGGCGAGAGAAGCUCCCUCCUAUCCCAACUGUGCCAAUGGAAGUGAAAGAAAAGCUUUUACAGGCGUCAGCCCCAGCCCAAGCCCCAGCCCCAAACACACAACAAAAUGGUAUCAAAGAAAACGACAAACCAGUUCUAAGUGAUGUGGCUAUCAAAAAAGGCAAGACUUUGAAAGAAGAGGGUAAUGCACUGGUGAAGAAAGGAGAGCAUAAGAAGGCAGUGGAGAAGUACACACAGAGCCUCAAACAAGACCCUGCAGAAGUCACAACUUACACUAACAGGGCACUGUGUUACCUCUCUUUGAAGAAGUACAAAGAAGCAGUAAAAGAUUGCUCAGAUGCUUUGAAGUUGGAUGCAGCCAAUAUUAAAGCCCUGUACAGACGUGCACAAGCAAACAAGGAGAUGAAGGAAAUCAAAGCAUGCAUUGAGGAUCUGAACACCUUGCUUAGAAUUGAUCCAAAGAACAUCCCUGCAGAGAAAUUAUUGCUUGAAGUGCAGAAGACGAAGUGAUCUUGUGGUGCAACAGCCCAUUGAAAUGAGGGACCCUACCCUGACCUGCUGUUUAUGUUCCAAGUGCCUACAAGACAGCCUAAGCUCGAUUUCUCCUCCUAUAUAUCAAUCUUCAGACUUCGCAUUACGCACAUUUCCUCACAAGUGUGGCCAUUGUCAGUUGAAUUAUCCUCUGCUUUCAAGUUGUGCAUGACAUAGGAACCAAAUGUGGUGAAUAGAUAUUUUUAAUCUGCGCAGUUGCAGAAGGUAUUAUGAAUCUGCGUCACUCACAAAAUGUUUGGUUUUCUUUUGAAUAUCUUUGGGUCAAGAAGAUAUAAAUAUGAAAGAUCACUUCGAUAUUAUGCUGUAACCUUUUUUUCUUUGUGAAUUCAUUGAUACUGUCUAAAAUGCAAAAUACAGACCAUGUUGUGUAGGUAAUUAUGGUAACUGACAUAGAUAAUUGUUAAGUAAUAAUACUGAGGUUUAGUUUAGUCAGAUGUACAGGGCAAAGCUUAUCAGAAUCACUCAUGAAUUCCGUCCUAAAUCAGAGGAUCAGAGGAUAGCAUAUACACAAGUCACACACACCUUGAAUUUGGCUCACAUAACUCAAUAAAAAAUAUAGGAUGUUAUACUUAUAACCCUGUCUGUUUUAUUCAUAUAAAGCAUGAUGACCGUUGUUCGCAGAUAAAGAUUGGUAUUGUUUAUAUAUGCUUUUGUAAUGACUACUUGCCGUAUUCAAAAUGUUUUGGGGCCCUAUUUUAUCAUUAAACACAGCCAUGUUAAUGUUAUAACCAGUUGUUGAGACAUACGUUAGUUAAGACUGCUGUAAGUACUUUUUUGAGUAAUUUAAGAUGUAUUUCUUACAUUCUGAUAGCCAUUGCAUAAAGGGGGAUUAUCUCUCGAACUCCUCUGGCCUCGGUAUUCAACAACUAAAAUGUCAGUACUGUUCAGCUGUAUUUACCGAUUAGGAAACUUCCAGAGACCUACCUACCAACCAAUUAUUUUAAAUAGUCUACCGGAAAUGUGCUAGAAACAUGACCUACAGGGUUUUAAAUUGACCUUCAGAAAACAAGUUCUUAAUUCAGUUUCGGAUUUCUCCAAUUAAGCUUACAUUUUGUAAUAGCUCAGAAUUAACUGUAGGGCAUUGUUGCAUUUGAUGACGGCCUUAAAAUGUUCAACUCUCAGGUCUCACUUGCUUUAAGCAAGAAAAUGUUAACUUCAUGUUUACAUUAUUGAGCAAACUGCAUAUCCAAGUAACUAUAUAAAAUCUGUGUAUUUUGAUUCUGUCUGAAACUUUAUGGAAUGUGUAUUAUCUCUACAACUUGAGUUGUGGAUCUUUGUGAGAAAGUUCAGCACUGGCCCACUUUUUCAUCCAAUAAAAACAUUGCAUUCAUGA